CUUUACCUUACCCAGAUCUGCACUUUUAUUCGGCCAAGAUGAGUUCCGAAUAAAUGCUGCGAGUCCAAGUAAAGUAAACCCCUCCCGACAACAUGCUGCACUAGCCGCUCCGGAGGACAUGACCCCCCCCCUUUUCUUACGUUAACGAUGGACUGCUCCCGCGGAAACCCGACUUACUGAACCCUCAACGACAACAACCAAUUUGACAAACAACGACCUACCUGUGACCAUGACGACAACCAUGAAUAUGAUGAUGCCAACGAUGCUAUCCCCCGAGUUUCCCCACGUGACGACCUUGAGCCCUCACGUGGAAGUGGACGGUUUUACCUUCCAAGACCCCAACCAACCCGCUAUGGACUUCGACUUCGACAACGACGACGACGCCGCCAAGGACAUUGAUGACUUCACCUCGUUACUUGCCAGCAUCGACGACGAAGAAACCGCCCGCGACAUUGACGACUUUGCCACGCUGAUGAACGUGCUCUCGAAGAGCCAGGAAUCCAGCGACGCCGACAUGUCCGACGUCUCGAUCGACGACUUGCUGUCCGAGCCUGCGUUUGCCGAGAAGGUCAAUGUGACUGCGAUCCUUGGUACCCAAAAUAACGUGACGAUGGACGACGAAUCCGAGUACGACAGCGAUGACGAUGACGACGACGACUUAGUCGCCCAGUCUCCGGUGCACUCUGCUGCCCAGAAGUUCUUGGCGCCGAUCGACCCCCGAUGCUGCAUCCAAAGCCCCAUCUUUAAGACGAUUGACUCCCGCAUCCCGAUGAUCAACCUUCCCAAGAUGGACGUUUCAUUUGGUCGCGUGCUGUUACCCGUUGCAUCUUCUGUCAAUCCAUCGACUACUCCGCUUUCACGAUCAAGCUCUAUUGUGACGUCGCCUUCAUCGCCUGCUGUGUCGGCAUCAUCCGCCGAUUCAAGCGACGUUGGAUACGUGCAUGACACCGACAAGUGCUGGGUGUGCAAGUGCAAAAAGUCUGAAGAACGCAAGCGUGUAUUACAUCGCUACGUGGAGAAACGAUACCGCCGGAACUGGAAACGUGGUGCUCGAUACACGGCUCGCAGUCGUGUGGCGUCGUCGCGUGUUCGCGAAGGCGGUCGAUUUGUCACCAAGUGCGAGUGGGUGGCGGCCGCGGACUACAACUAGCCACACGAGGAAUCCAAACUCGAGAACAAAAACCCAGAAAAAGAAGAAAAAGCAUCGAAAAAAGACAAAAACAAGAUUAUGCGAAGCCGCAUCACAAGUAGAUUUUAGUUUAGAUGAUUAAAGUAGUAGUUUGAGCUCGAGGUCGCUUUGCCCGGCUUGUAAUGAACAGAAUUAGUGUUAAAAAGUAUUUUUGUCCAAAGCUAUUGGCUAGGCAAUAUUAUUCAUAAUAGUAAAUCAAAUACACUGUAUAUAUCAUCACCAGCA